UUGUUGUUAUUAUUAUUAUGUCUAGACAUUCAAUUUUAUCAGGAAUUCGAAAUAAUAAUAAUAAUUUAUCCGAUUCAUUAAAUUGGUCAUUUGUUCAGGUAAAAGGAACAUUGGAAGAUGAAUUUAGUGAUGCUGAUUUAAUAUCAUGUGUGGAAUUCAAUUCCACUGGACAAUUAUUAGCAUGUGGUGAUAAAGGUGGAAGAAUAGUUAUAUUUCAGGAAAAUGAAAGAAAAAAAACAACCGAAUACGAUCUUUAUAGUACAUUUCAAAGUCAUGAAGCUGAAUUUGAUUAUCUGAAAAGUAUUGAGAUUGAAGAAAAAAUUAAUAAAAUCUGUUGGUUAGAUGAAUCAAAAACAGCUGCAAAUCAUUUUAUGUUGACAACAAAUGAUAAAACAAUAAAAUUAUGGAAAUUAUCCGAAAAAGAUAAACGUAUUGAUGAUAGUUUACCGAAUAUUAAUCGAAAUUAUAUUGGUUGUGAUUCGAAUGGUACAAGUGAAUAUGAUCUAUUGGAUCAAAAUGAAUUAAGGAUUCCAAAAAUGAUGUCCACCGAACCAACUAUUCGAUCAAAUCUUCGUCGUAUAUUUUCCAAUGCACAUUCAUUUCAUAUCAAUUCAGUUUCAAUUAAUAGUGAUCAAGAAACAUUUAUAUCGUCGGAUGAAUUGCGAAUAAAUCUUUGGAAUCUAGAUAUUACGAAUGAAAGUUUUGUGAUUGUCGAUAUAAAACCUUCUAAUAUGGCUGAUCUAUCCGAAGUGAUUAGUGCGGCCGAAUUUCAUCCACAACAUUGUAACAUAUUUGCAUAUUCAACAAGUAAAGGUUCAAUUAAAUUAUGUGACAUGAGAGAAGCUGCAUUAUGUGAUCAUUAUUCAAAAAUAUUUCGAGAUACUGUUAAAAGUUCGGAUAAUUCAAAUUUUUUUCAUGAACUUAUAUCUGUAAUAUCGGAUCUAAAAUUUACAAAUAGUGGUCGUUAUAUGAUUACACGUGAUUAUAUGACCGUAAAUGUAUGGGAUUUGAAUAUGGAAAGAAAUCCAAUUGAAACAUAUGAAGUUCAUGAAUAUUUACGUGGACGAUUAGGUACACUUUAUGAAAAUGAAUAUAUAUUCGAUAAAUUUGAAUUCUCAUUAAGCGGAAACGAUGAUUAUAUAAUGACUGGUUCAUAUAAUUUUUUCAAAAUAAUCGAUCGUAAAACUGAACAAGAAUCAUUAUAUGAAAUUAAUAAAGAUAUUGUUAAACAAAAACAUCUUCGUCCACAAAAAGUAGCACAACCUACGGAUAGUUUUCGAAGAAAAACAAAAAAAGAUGAAAUAAUUGUCGACAAUAUUGAUCUAAAUCGACGCAUUUAUCAUACGGCAUGGAAUCCGAAUAAAAAUCUGAUCGCUGUUGCAUCUACAAAAAAUUUAUUCAUUUUUCAAUCAUGAUCGACAAUAGAGAGAGACUGUUUUUACAAGAUUCAUUUUUUAUACAAUCCAUUUUUUUUAUACAUUUCAUUGAUAUUUAAACAACAAAACAAAAAAACAUUCAUC